UGUACCCACCUUUCCUCCUCCUUCCCUUCCCUUCCCUUCCUCGGAGGCGCCAGGAGCCACCAGCCGGGCUCGCCAUGGCUUCGACCGCGACCUGCACCCGCUUCACCGACGAGUAUCAGCUCUUCGAAGAGCUCGGAAAGGGGGCUUUCUCUGUGGUGAGAAGAUGUAUGAAAAUCACUACAGGACAAGAAUAUGCAGCCAAAAUUAUCAACACUAAAAAGCUGUCGGCAAGGGAUCACCAGAAAUUGGAAAGAGAAGCCAGAAUCUGCCGCCUUUUGAAGCAUCCUAACAUUGUGCGACUUCAUGACAGCAUAUCAGAAGAAGGAUUUCAUUACUUAGUCUUUGAUUUAGUCACUGGAGGUGAAUUAUUUGAGGACAUUGUUGCAAGAGAAUAUUAUAGUGAAGCAGAUGCAAGUCAUUGUAUACAGCAGAUUCUAGAAAGUGUUAAUCAUUGUCACCUAAAUGGCAUAGUUCACAGAGACCUCAAGCCUGAAAACUUGCUUCUGGCUAGCAAGUCAAAGGGAGCAGCUGUGAAACUGGCAGAUUUUGGAUUGGCUAUUGAAGUGCAAGGUGAACAACAGGCCUGGUUUGGUUUUGCUGGUACACCAGGUUACUUGUCCCCUGAAGUGCUGAGAAAAGAUCCCUAUGGAAAGCCUGUGGAUAUGUGGGCAUGCGGUGUCAUUCUCUAUAUUCUUUUGGUGGGGUACCCUCCGUUUUGGGAUGAAGAUCAGCAUAGACUUUACCAACAGAUCAAGGCUGGUGCCUAUGAUUUUCCUUCACCAGAAUGGGAUACAGUGACCCCGGAAGCCAAAGACCUUAUCAACAAGAUGCUUACAAUCAACCCUGCCAAACGUAUCAAUGCAUCAGAGGCCCUCAAACAUCCAUGGAUCUGUCAACGUUCUACUGUUGCUUCUAUGAUGCACAGACAGGAGACUGUUGAUUGCCUGAAGAAGUUCAAUGCAAGAAGGAAACUUAAGGGUGCCAUUUUGACAACUAUGCUGGCUACAAGAAAUUUUUCAGCAGCCAAGAGUUUACUGAAGAAACCUGAUGGAGUAAAGAAAAGGAAGUCCAGUUCGAGUGUUCAGAUGAUGAUAAACAACAAAACCAACGUGGUAACCAGCCCCAAAGAAAAUAUUCCUACCCCAGCGCUGGAGCCCCAAAGUACCGUAAUCCACAACCCUGAUGGAAAUAAGGUAUACACUUUCCAUGCCCCAUAUGCAGCUCUCAGAAAGGAGAGGGAUAUGGAGGUAUCAUGUUCUCCUCAUCAUUACUCUUCUCCCAUUGCUUCAUCUUCCCAGUCGCCAUCUUUGUUGUGUCCCAGCGGCCGCUCCUGCUGUCAGUGUCUCCUGAGGAUUCUGAUCAUAUUCUACCUCCUCAUCUUUGUUUGCUCAUAUGUUGUGUUUCUUUCCAUCCAUUCGGCGGCAAAGUCCAAGAAAGUUACAAAUUCACAGAACCACUUGCAUGAAUUUGGGUCUUCCCAUUCCACUCCUUCCUCUCUUUUAUCUCGUAAGCAGGAGAUUAUCAAGGUUACUGAGCAGCUGAUUGAAGCUAUCAAUAAUGGGGAUUUUGAAGCCUACACGAAGAUCUGUGACCCAGGCCUUACCUCAUUUGAACCUGAAGCUUUGGGAAAUCUGGUAGAGGGAAUGGACUUCCACCGGUUUUACUUUGAAAAUGCUCUGUCAAAAAGCAACAAGCCAAUCCACACGAUUAUCCUGAAUCCCCAUGUCCAUCUUGUGGGUGAUGAUGCUGCCUGCAUUGCAUAUAUACGGCUGACUCAGUACAUGGAUGGGAGUGGAAUGCCCAAGACGAUGCAGUCGGAAGAAACAAGAGUGUGGCACCGCCGUGAUGGGAAAUGGCAGAAUGUUCACUUUCAUCGUUCGGGAUCACCAACAGUACCUAUCAAGUGA